AUGACUUUUAUACCUAAUUGGGAAGAAUUCGAGAAGUCUGCAGAGAUGUUAUAUUUAAGGGAUCCCAUAAAUACUCGAUAUAGUAUUAAAUACUCCCAUUCCAAAGGUGUAUUUGUUGUUAAAAUUACUGAUAAUAAAAAGUGUCUACAAUACAAAACUGAAGUACAACAAGAUGUCAGAAAAAUGGAUAAAUUUGUUUCAAACUUAAUACGACAUAUGGCAUCUAAUGAUAACUAA